ACCAAAGAGUAUAGGAGUGGCUCUGGCUGUCCUGGUUGUAUUCGCUUUAAAACUAAAUUAAAUGAAUCUUAUGCAGAGAUAAAAAAAAAGCAAUCACAAAAGGAGAUGAAACAAAAAAUUAAUAAUCUGGAGAAACAGAUUAGAGAGUUGGAGCAUGAAAAUCUUCAUUUAAA